AUGGGCAAGCGCAGAGCUCUGUCCUCCUGCCGAAUAGGCAUCGUGGAGAGGGAAGGUGCAAGCCACGAGGCCACGUGCGGAAAGUCCACUGCCGCGACAAUAAUAGAAGGUGUUGUUGUGGUCAUUGCAUUCGUACGGCGUACAGGGCAGUCGCGAUGGGCCACCAUCCCACAAAGGAAGGCUCUUUCGGCUACCUUGCUCAUGCCGGAAAGUACAACAGCUGUACUUGAGGUUGCUUUGCAAGGCAGGAACAACGCCAUAUGA